GAACAAACAAAGCAUUCCAUUAAUUAGCUGAUUCUGAGCUUGGGUUUUGAAGACUUUGAAGAUUCUGUCCGCUGAACCAUGGGUGUGGCAAGCAAAGCACAACUGCAAGCAGCGAAGGCAGAUGCACUUGCUGCAGCUAACAAGACUGGCAGGCACCGGCGAGUGUUGACCAAGAAGAAGCUGAAACAUGAGAGGAACCAGGUGCGGCACAAGAGGAAAAAGGAGAAAGAGACGACGCAGCGUGGUCGUAGCGAGUCUGCCUCUGCUGCGGCGAGUGCAAGCACCAGGAGGAGCAAGUCAAUGGAUGAGCCAAUGAAAGCGAAACAACAGGUGACACCAGGUCAAGGAAGUGGAACACCAGGUGCCCGGGCUGCUGCCGCGAAGGUGCCGAAGGCUGUGCGCAUAUCGAAGCGAGGAGGGCGGCGUUUGAAAGCCACAUGGCGCAGCUUUGGAGUUGGCUGAAAGUCUAGCGAGAAGGCCCCUGACAAAGUGGGACAGGGCAACAAUGACUUGUCAAUGCAGGACAUCAGAUGCAGCAAUUCAAUUUGCUGUAGCCCAAUCUGGCGAGCCGCUGCUUGAGAUGAUUUUUGCAGAUUUAUCCGGGGAAAUUCGUAAAGCGCGGGAGUUUUUGCUGCUGCGUGAGA